AUGCAUGCGCGGUACGGCAGCGUUGUGAGGUCCUGCGUUCGAAUCCCGGGUCGGGCUAAAUAAUAUUUGGGAUUUGCUGCUCAGUAUCACCCUGGAGUCUGGAAUUUGUGCCUAAUCAAUUUAUAGCUCUAUAUCAACUUUCUCAUAGUAACUUUCACAGUAUGUAGCAAUAAUUGUAUCUGAUAUUCCUUAAAGAAAUUAAUUUUGUAUAAAAACCACCCUACAUAAAAUAAUUUUUAUUCUCAUUGUGUGUUCAUAUUACGUAAAUGUAAACAAUGCAAUAUACUAACAUAACCUGUGAUGGGAUUGUAGUGAUAUAGUUGCAACCAAUAACAACCGGGAUUGACGUAAUACACGAGGGUGCCCCCUGUUCGCGUCGAAACCCCUAUCACUCAAGGGCAAUGUUCUGACGUGUUCCGGACUCAACUUUGAUUUCGGUAAUAUUUCGACAUUAUCGACAAACUCUUUAGAAAACUUAAGGAUGGCGGUGGCAAUGGAAUAAGUUUUAGCCAUAUUUAGCAGAACAUCUUACGUCAUAUAGAAAAUACGGAAUCAAUGGGACACUCCGAAGAUCCUGCUUUUUCCCAUGGUUAAUCGGUCGCCUUUUCGACAUUAAUGCUAAACAUUAUGACAAUUUGAAAUUAUAAUACUACGUUACUCAUAGACAAGUAUUUUUCUCAAAUGCAACAAUGUUUUAUAUCGCGUCUCAUACUAUGUUAAUUACUUUUUUCUUUCGUUCUGUUUAAUAUGCAAACGGUUUUAGUUUCGUGUGAACACGAAUCUAGUUGGUACGAGUAAUUUCAAGCAUGUAACUCAUAUUUAGGUGCUAUGUUUUCUCACUAUAAAGUUGAAAAAUUGCAAUUAAUGGCGGGCUAUUCGCGAAAGUUUUGCAGUGUCUAGGUCAUAGAACCGGGCCAGCGCGGCCUACGUUAGUCACUCUUUAUUUUACGUAGUAUAACGUAGGUUCUGGCUACGAAGGUUAAGAAAACAGAAAGCUUUAGGAAGGAAAGAAAAGCAGUUUUCGUGCUGGUGAAUAAGUGAAAUUGUAAAGUGUGACGCAUGAAAUAUAUCAAAUAAUGAUUGAUGUGUUGUAAAGACUUUGAUGUUAAGUACUACGUAAUAAUUUAGGACAAAUGUGCCACGUAAUGUAGACGAUAAUGAUCAGUCAUGGAAGCGCGCCGGCUGACGUCACCUGGCGCACAGUAGCCACUGACCAAGGGUAUAAUGCUUAAAGUCGAACUAUAUAUAUUUACCUAUCAACAAUAUUGUGACCACUUUAACGAGAUCUGCCGAAAACAAGUUUACUAUUUUAAACUUAAAUAUAUUUUUUUAUUGGGUGUGUUGUGAUUAAAGUAUUAAUUAUUUGACAUUAUAAUCUUAAGAGUUAGCAAAAGUUUCGCGUUUGAUAACAAAUAACUUUGAAAUACGAUAGAAUUAUUUUACUUAGAAUUGAUAAGAUCUUUUUUAUUUUGUUUAUACGUAUACUAUAAUUAAAUUUAAUAAUCAAAGUAAUAGUAAACGCGGUUUGAAAUAAAUUGUGUUUUAGACAUGGUCAUGUUUCUGAGUAAUACUUAUCGAAACAGUAGGUAAUAUAUUUUUUAUCAAAAAGAAAAUCUACCUACUAUUUUAGGUAAGUAUAAUAAAAUAUAGAAAUUGCGUGACCUCAAUACUGUCAAUAUGUCAAUAGCUUUGAAACGAAUACAAUUAAUAUUCAUCCAAGUCGGUGUACCAGAGGGUGACCUGUUUAGGGGUCGGUAAUAGAUUAGGAGUCGGGCGGGCAUUGCGUGGAGCCGCCCAGCGCCACCUUUGUCCGAGCGGGCAGCGACAGGCCGGCUCGGCGACUCUCGGCCAGUCUGAGGCACGCGCCCUGCGCGCCCGCUCGCCCCUCGAGAGUGUGGCCUCUUCACACAUGGAAAGCCGCGAUUAACACUCUCUAUUAUGGAAAGGCGCGCGACAAGCAGCAGGGGCGAGCCCAUCCCGAGCAUCUUAAAGAAGCCUAAAAACCGUAAUAAAGGUGACCUGCUCGAUAAAAGCUCCAAGAUCAAGCGUGAGAAGGUGGAAGGGUCGAAGCGUGACGAGAAUGUGAGCGCGCCGCUGCGGCACGGGUGCACCCCGCUCAUGUAUGCCUGCCAGCAGGCCGACUACAAGGCUGUUGUCGACAUUCUCAACAAGGACCCUUCAUCGGUGCGCGUCCGUGAUCGUGGCUUGCGUUGUGCGCUGCACUACUGUGCGUCGAGCGGCGCCGGCGCGAGUCAGGCGGCGCGGGCGGCGUGCGCGGACCGCGUGCUGAUGGCCGCGCCGGCGCUGGGAGACGCGCGCGACGCCGACGGACUCACGCCGCUGCACCUCGCCGUCGUGCACGGAAACGUGCCCCUCGUGCAAACACUGCUGGCUGCAGGCGCCGACGUCAAUGCGAGGGAUGAUGAACAUCAUACUGUAGUUCAUUGGGCAACCGUGUGUGGGGAAGUGGGAGCUCUACGCGCCGUAUUGGCAGCAGGUGCAGACGCCGCCACUCCUGAUCAGCACGGUGGAUAUCCCCUGCACUACGCUGCGCAAAUGUGUGGGGCACCCGCUGCCACUGAUCACCAGAGCAGAGGUGCGUCUUUGGAAGUACUCCGCGCUUUAGUUAAGGAGGGUGGAGCGAGGGUAGAUGUCAGAGAUGCGGAUGGACGCACUCCGUUAUUGUGGGCUGCUUCUGCAGGAUCAGCGGCUGCAGUGCUGGCAUUGCAUCAGGCGGGAGCAAAAGUCGAUGACUCAGAUCGAGAUGGCUUGACUGCAUUACAUUGCGCAGCGGCUCGAGGUCACACUGAAGCUCUAGAAACUUUAGUUGGUUUAUGUGGUGCACGAGUGGACAUCGCUGACUCACAUGGAUGCACCCCACUCCAUUAUGCUGCUGCAUUGGGGCACGCUGACGCUACUGUUGCGUUACUGCAGCACGGAGCUGAUGCUCAUCGACAAGACAGAAGAGGGCGCAGUCCAGCCCAUACGGCAGCUGCCAAAGGACAACUAGAAACUGUCCGAAUACUUGGUGCAAGGGGAGCUAAUCUUUGGCUAAGAAAUUCUAAAGGAGACCUGCCUUUACACGAAGCUGUAGCAUCGGGAAGACGGGAAUUAGUCAAAUGGCUUUUGGACGGUAGACCAUCCCAAGUAAACGCAACUAAUCAUGAAGGACGUACCCCUUUACACAUCGCAGCAGCUACAGACAACGCGGAUCUUUGUCGUCUGUUAUUAGACAGGGGUGCAGAAGUCAAUUCAGUAGCAAAAUCUUCUAAAAAUGAAAUGUUAACGCCUUUAGACUCGGCGACAAGUAGGGGACACCGUACUGUGGCUAAAUAUUUACAAAUGCACGGUGGUUUACCUGCAUCGAAAUUGACAAAUACCCAAAUUGUAAUUGACGGUGCUCCUAUAACAUCAUUACCCACUCGAAAAGUUACCAGUACAAAAAUUGAUGUGCGGGAUAGAAUAAGAAUAGAAAAAAGAGAGGUGGUCGAACUUUCUAGUCCAGUGCAUGACAGACCACGUUUCAGAGAAAGUAAAUAUAGCGUAUCAAGCAGUAGCACAUCUUCAUCGGAAGAAAAAAGAAUUUCUAAAAAAAAAUCACAAAGCAAAUAUUCAGACAGACACUAUGAGCGCAGAAAAAGGUUAAUGCACACGCAAAAAAGUUUUAGCGAUGGAUGCGAUACUGAUUUUGACGAUAAUAUUAAGAAAGAUUACAACGAAAGGAAAUAUAAAAGGUCCAAGAAAAAUAGAUCUAAGAGUGAACCCUCGCGACGUUACAAAAGUAGUGCAAAACAUCGACAUCGGCACUAUAGAUCUGGCUCAGAAAGCUCCUCAGAAUCGGAAAGUUAUUCAGAAAAGAAAAAAAGCAAAAGGCACCGAAAAAGGAGUAAAAGAAAGACUAGUUCACCUUCUGAAAGUAGCAGUUCAGAGUCAACAGAAAGACGAAGUACAAAACGUAAGGGGAAAAAAACUUCAAUUCAUAUAGAAAAUGAUGAUAUAAAGCAAAAAAUUAAUAUUGUUAAAUAUAAAAGCACAGACAAUUCACAAAGUGUUGAAAAAACUGACGACAUCUCAAUCAACGCAGAUACUGCUGUUAAUGAAGUUAAAUUGGAAGCUGAAAGGGAAGAAAAUCAAUUAGAGAAAAUUAAAGGUCAUAGUGAAACUGAAACAGAUACCGUUUCAGUAAAAACGAACAUGGUGAUAACAGAAGCUCAAAUUCACAUGGAGCGGGAGUCUAGUCAGCAUGGAAGUUCUGAAAUAACAGUUACUGUUGAUGCGUCGAAUAAUGUGUCAAUUGAAACUGCAAAUAUGAAUGUGACGCAACAAAGUAUUGAGGAACAACAAUCAGAAAAGGGGAAAAUUGAAGAAGGUGACGCCGAUGCAGCUACAGAAAAAAAAGAGGAAAUUUCUGAAACUCAACAGGAAACUCGUAAAACAACUGAAGAAGCAGAAAAUAUACUCGUUAGCCAGGAGCUUAUACCUGUAUCACAAGUUGAGAAUGAAUCAGAAAACAAGGUUGAGUCGACUACAUCUGAGAAUAUUGAUAAAAUUGAAAAUAAUAUCGUAGAAAAAUCACCUGAGACACAGUCAAAAGAAUCACCAGAAACAAGCAAGGAUUCGGGUCAACAACAUUCAUCUGAAAAUAAUUUAAAAACAAAUGGCGUGUCCACGGAUACAAAAUCGGGAUUAACACGUAAAAAAUCAUUUCAAGUGCUUUCCGGUCCAGAUGAUUCUCAUGAUAAAAGUAAGGAUGCUUCGGGGGAUUUAAAGACCAGUUUAGAUGCAACAAGUAUUGAAAAAUCUGAUUCUGAAGAAAAGAAGUCGUCUACUGCUGUAUCUUUUGCGGAAACUCAAGAAGUUUUCGGAAGUAAAGAUUCUAGUAAUGAUUCCGGUCAUUUAAUGGGCGAAGAAGUCCAUCAUGAGACUGAUAAAGAAGAAACUGACAAAAAACAAGAAAAUGACCGUAAAGAAAAUAUAGCAGACAUCGAGAUAAGUGUGGAAGAAAAAAGAAAUGAAUACGCAUCUGCGACUGGAAGUAGCACAGAAAAGGUUCAAAAUGAUGACAAGGGUCUGAUCUCAGUUCUCGAAAGUGAUUUACCUGAAAAUGAGAGGGCAGUACAACAAAUCAUCAUAGAGAAUGGAUCAGAAGAAUAUGAUGUCGAAUUGCCAUUAUCUCAUGCCUCCCCGAAACAUUCUAGACAAAUUUCUAACGAAAGUCAAGAAAGCAUCAGCAGAAAAAAUAGCAUUUAUGAGACGGAAAGUUACAAAGUACUUAGCGAUGUAACAACUGGAAGGUCAACAUCGAGCAUUUUAAAGAAAACUAGUAAAUCAGAAGAAAUAUUUGUCAGCGAUAAGGUAUCUAAAGAUUGUAUAUAUGGUAGGGUUCCUAGUAUUAGCGAUAACGAAAUAUAUAGUCAAACAGAAGCCAAUGGACGGAGAAAACGGUUUAGAAAAAAAGGUCGGACAAAAAGUCGAUCUACAAUCCGAUCGAAGAGUGAAAACUCAGAAAGAGGCUAUGAGUCGAGCGGAUUAAUGGAUUCGGGGUUUGAACCAAGUCCAAGAGCAUUACAACGACGUAUUACGAGUCCACGUCUGGCGGCAUACUAUCGCCAAAGAAACGCCACCGGUAGAUAUUCAGGAAAGUCUGAUAGUAGAAUUCCCGUGCGGAAACCGGGUGAUAAGUAUGCUGUAGAUAUGAAAUCCGUCACUCAGCGCAUCCAGACUAACAUGAGGCGAUAUUAUUGUGAACGGAAAAUUUUCCAGCACCUACUUGAAUUGAAACGGUUACAAAUAAGAACGAGCAAAGCAAAUGAGGCAGUUUUGGUAAAAAGGGCCAUUGAUGAGUACAACAAGUCGAGUUUAGCGACUGUCGGUCUCGGACCUUACAACAAUCCUGAUUACACUUUUAGCAGUUUUGAAAAGUUUCUAUAUGAGAGUUUAAGAAAACUACAGAAAAGUGGCAAGAAACAUUUAGACAAUCUACCCGAGAAACCUAUUGAUUUUGAUUACGGAGAGAGCGAGCUGUACAAAAUGAGCGCUAUACCCGAUAACCCAUGUCUCUGCACCAGCAAAACGCAUCGUUGCUUUCAUGCCAUCCACGCUUAUACCGGCAUACCAUGCGCUGCAUAUUUGCCGUAUAAAUGGGAUCACCAUACAAUGCCGAAGCCUUCAACGGCGGGUCCCAGUGUCAAAUCAAAGGGAUUCUUACCAAAGAUCAAUUCGAAGCCUCCAACAGGUUCAGGCAAAGCGCACGUGACUUUGGAAGUAUCUCAUGGCACAGAAAAACAAUUGAUAGCUUUACCAGCGGAAAGACUAGAUAAGAAUAAAAGAUACUACGUUACGUUUACUGUGAAAGGAUCCGAACCUGCGUCUGACAACGAUAACCCUCCUCAAAGCGCAUCGAAAUCCAAAAGUGGCUGAAACGAGGAUGUGACCUAAUUAUAAUUCUCAAGACACUGCCAUAUGUAGUGUUUAUUUAUAUUGUAGCAUAUUUUGAUUGACUGAAGACUAACAUCUGAUAUUUAAAAUAUUUUUUUUAAUUUCAUAGUGAUAACUAAAAUAUUAAAUAUAUUGUUUUCAUAAAUAAAUUACAGUCUUCCUAUUACAAAGAAAUAUGCACAACUGUAAAAAGAUAAUAUUGUUCCGUCCAUUGUUGACUGCACAAAAUACUAUGUUAAAGAUCUCAGUGUAUGUAGUUAUUUUUAAUAAAAACAAUGUGUAUACGA